AUCAGAUUAAUAGAUGGAUUUAGAUUUCUCUUAUCUCUCUUUGGUGGAUAGCUCAAAUGAGACUCAACAAUCUAAUACAAAUUAUCUAGGAAGCUCAAUAAAUUCAAAUAAAACUGAAUAUAAUAUGGAUGGAAAAAUUGAAACUACGUUGUGUGAAUUUUCCGGACAAUCAGACACAAACUUUAAUAAGACACCUUUGAGUGUACCUAGGGUUUUUCCAAAUGUUCCUCUGCUUGCAUCAUGUCAGUUUAAUGACUUUUUUGGAACUUCCAGAGUAUUUGGAUAUGGUGAAUCAGUUCCAUACGAAGAUAUAAUGAAACAAACUCUUACUGUUGAACCGGGUUUCACUGUUGAACAUGAUUGCGAACAUUGGGGGAAUCAUAUAUGGAAAUAUUCGGUAACUCAGUGGAGAAUUAUAGAAGUUGUUCAACGUAUAGCAAUUCUACAAAAAUAUAGAUCACUGUACGGAAAGAAUUUACCUACCAAAUUGAUUUGUAAAUUAAUUGGAUUUUUUAAAGAUUGUUUGAUUCUACAAUUUACUUACUUGUAAAUAUCCAUUCUUCUAAUGUUAGAUGAAACCAACAUUAACACCUAAAGAAAAUUUCUGUGUUAAACGUGACUGUGAACGUUUAAUGAAUGCUCUGGAUAGAUUAAAGAUCAGAGAAAGAGAAACGGUUGAAGUAAUGGGUCGUCGAUCUGUUGUUCAACGUAUAGCGAUUCUAAAAAAAUUUAAAUCUCUGUAUAAGGACAAUUUAUUCGCCAUAUUUAAUUCUAUAUUAACCGGAUGUUUAAAAGAUUGUUUGAUUGCGUUGUGCUAUACACCAGCAGAAUUUGAUGCAAUAGAACUUCAUAGAGCAAUGAGAGGAACUGAUACUGAUGAGGAUACAAUAAUUGAAAUUCUUUGUACAAGAACAAACGAACAAAUCAAAAGAAUUAAGAAUGUUUAUCCAAAAUUAUUCUAUGGACGUGAUUUAGAAGAUGAUGUGAACGAUGAUACUGAACAUCCUUUUAAAUCAAUAUAUAUAGCUUUACUAAAAGCGAAUAGAGAUGAAUUCACAUUUAUAGAUGGAAAUCUUGUACGAAGAGAUGUGGAAGAACUACUUAGAGCAAUGAAACAAGACAUUAGGAUUGAUGAAUCAAAGUAAGUGUACUGUUUUUACUAUGCCGGAAUAAAUAUUAGACAAAAGUGAACUUUCGGAACUAUCCAACUGAAGUUAUUAUUGAUGUUUUCGCUGUACUCUUAUUAAAUACUUAAA